CUGGCAACACUGACACAACACAAUUUCGUUUGUGCCGCUGAUAUAUGAUGAAUAGUAACGACGCUUUCAAGUUAAUCAUUUAUUUUAUUUGAUAUUUUCACGUAUAACUUAGUGAUAGUUAAGUGAUAAAAAUAAUUUAGUGUGGAUUGCUUACGGGCUACGUGUAAAUCAUGAGUCAGAUAGUAACGCGUAAGGGGCCGAAGGGGGAAGAUAAAGAAAAGAGACAGACAGACAGUCCAGUUAAAGAAAUGAAAAAGAAAAUAGCAGCCAACGCUGAAAAAGAGAAACAGGCAGCGGAGAAGAAUGCAGAGAAAUCCGUCCAAAGCGACAAAAAGGCUGAGAAAUCUACGGAAAAGGUAGCGGAGAAACCUAGCGAGAGAAAGGAGAAAUCUGAGAAAGGCUUAGACAAGAGUAUAGAUAAAAAAGAUAAGGCAGAAAAGAGCGCUGAAAAAAACGAAAGUACUUCUGAUAAAAAAGACACUACAAUAGAUAAAACUACAGACAAAAAAGAAAAACUAUCAGAUAAAACAACAGAAAAAAAGGAAAAAUCAUCAGAUAAAACUACAGAUAAAAAGGAAAAACAAUCAGAUAAGAAGGACGCCGCCACAGAAAAGGCAACCGAUAGCAAAGAAAAGAAUGGAAAGAUGGAAUUGUCCGAGGAAAAGGCAAAGAAACCGGAGACGAAAGCGAAGGAAAACGGCGCUGCAACGAACGGCGAACAGAAUGGUGACACGGUGAGUUCGGAGGACGAGCUCCAGGAGUCGGACGUGGAGCGGGACGAGAUGUUCCCGGAGCUGGCGUACGAGGACUCGGACGGGGAGACCUUCGAGCCCCCCACGCCCGAGGGGCUGCCCAGCCGCAGCUACACGCGCCGCUCGCAGGUGAAGGCGGCGCGCACGCCGGAGACGCCGCGCCCCGCCUCCGACCGCAACGGCGACCGCGACUACGUGCCCGACGAUUCGAAGCUGCUGAAAUUGAAGGACGACGCGCUAUCAACGGACCGCAAGCUCCGUUCAGCGGAUUCGCCGAAACCUCAGGAUAAAAAAAUUGAAAAGGUUCAGGAAGGGAAGAAGUCGGAAUCUCCCAAGAAGGAUUCUCUUAAAGCAGUCCAGGAGGAGCCGAGCAAGCCAGAUGAGAAGGAUAAAAAUGCAACUGAUGUCGAAAUCGAAGUCGUCGUUGAAAUUGAAAAUGAAGACGAGCGUGCGGAGGGCGGCGCAGACGAGCGGCGCGUGAAGGCCGACACCAACUUCUCCAAGUCGCGCGUCAAGGUGUCGCCCUACCGCCGCGCGCGCGAGCCCGCCGACGUGUCGCUGCUGGCCAACUACACCGGCAAUAACACGACGAUGGAGAUGGACAUCACGGAGUCGUCGCUGGACGCGCCCGAGAGCCCGUACCUGAGCGGCCUGCGGACCAUCCGCGCCCGGCGCUCCUACCGCGUGCUGCAGGAGGUGUCGCUGCGGAGCGCCUGCAGGCCCUCGCGCAACGAGCUCGCCGGUAGCGGCGCGCCCCCGGCGGAGCAGCCGAGCCGGCCCACGGGCACGGUGGUGGGGCGCAAGCGGCGGCCCGAGGCGGAGGCCGAGGCGGCCCGCGGCAAGCGCCCGCGCCUGCUGGAGCGCCUCGCGCGCCCCUUCCGCGCCGCGCCGCCGCCCGCGCGCCGCGCCGCCGAGAUCGUGGGCAUCAACACGGACCUCCCGCUGAGCGCGCCGGUCGCGUCGGCGGACGCCUUCGACCCGGAGGCCAUCAAGCCGCAGCCCGCCGGCGCGCCCCUCCCCGCCGACGCGCCCCUCCCCUCUCCCGCGAGCGACAGGGACGGGAAGAGAUGUAUUGUGAUGUAAGUGAUUGUAUAUACGAUACUGUUUGUGACAAAUGUAAAUUGACUUAAACAGAGAGACGAUUAAGGAGGACUAUUUUUUAUCGCCUCGAGCUGAACUCUCAAACCAGUCGGGCCCUUUUGGGCGGCGCUUAGCAAAUGAACUCGAUGCUCUCCGAACCAAAGUGACAUUUUUUUAAAUCAAAAUAUGUUUAAAAAAUUACGAGGGCUAGUGUAAUUUAAAAAAGAAAAAUAGUUUACAAGAAAAUUUCCAAAAAAAGUUGGAAAUUGCUGGUCUAAAUAUUACACCAGUGAACAGUUCUAUACUCUAUCGAAGAUGAGUUUUUAUUUUUUUUUAAUUCAGUCGAUUUAAUUUUCUUCAUUCAACUAAAAUCUUUAAAGAAAAUCUUAUCGAAUACUUCGUCCCCAUGAUUUUUGAAUAGUCGGUCUGUGACAGUUCUUUGUUCUCGAACGCAAUUAAAAAAAAAAUAUUCUUCUGUUUCUUGUGUAAAUAAUUUUGGAUUUACAAAAUCAAUUUAUAAGUUUGUUUACAUUGUGUACAAUUAGUAUCGUCGUUGGACUGUUAUUAAACAUUAGAAUUAUCGUGAAGCCUUCUCGUAGUACAAAUAUUGUACUUUAGAAAUUCGUGUCUCGAAAUACUUUUUUUUGUUUUUUGUUACGUGACGUCGUUGAUACGUGAAAUUGGAUGAUUCGAAGAAAAGAAUAUUUUACUUUUCUCUAUAUCUGUAAUGUUACUUGUUUGUACAAAGUGAUUGAUAAGUGACUUUGGUUCUUCUUUUUGUACAUACGAUACAACAAAUAUGGAUUAAUUGUCUUCGAAAAACUCUUUAAAUAAUAAUGUACUAAUUUUCAUUUGAAGAUUGUUUCAAUUUCACGAUAGAACAACGACAUCUUAGUAAAGUUGUUACGUAGAAGAAUUUUUAUAUCGUGGAUAUUAUUAAAAAGAAAAGACAAAAUUUAUUCGAGAAGAUUCCUUUGAAAUGCGCGUACUUUGAUAUAAAUAACAUUAUUAUGGUAUCUAAUAAAUAUUUAUAUGGUGUUUACUGUGACUGCCCGUCUCGACUUUGUUUGGGUAAAAUUCCUCCCAUUUUCCUCCCAUUUAAUGUUGAACUUGGAAAAAAAAGUCUUGGCGAAUAGUGGGUAUUUGGUUCGAACGUACGUGUCUAACGUUUGAGGGGAUCGUUUCAGACGUUAUAUGCAAAAUGUUAUUUGUAUUAUAAAGUGCUCGCAUUUUCCCCAGUCUCAAAUGUAUUCGAUAUUAUGUAUAUUUAAAAUGCGAAGCGGUCAAUAAAUUAUCAUAAGUUUUUUAAAGCGGAUCAGAAGUAUUUCAAAUGUAUGUCGGUAUUACUCGUUAUAGCCACACUAUUCAAUUCAAUUUGAUAUUAAUUUAAAACAAUGUUUUUUUUUAAUGAGUUAGAUUCUUUUCAGAACUUAUCUACGAACAAUAAAAAGUUUCAAUAAUAGUAGGUACUAUUCUGUUGAACACAAUCUCUACCCGGAACUUAUUUGUUUAGUAAAAAUAUAUAUUAC